AUGGAGCCGGGGGUCGGGGCCCGCUCCGGUGCCCCGCAGCCGGCCGCCCCGGUGCUGUGGAGGGCUCGGCCGGCGGGCGGCGGGGGCGCCUCCUCCUGGCUGCUGCUGGACGGGAACAGCUGGCUCCUGUGCUAUGGCUUCCUCUACCUGGCGCUCUAUGCUCAGGUGUCCCAGUCCAAGCCCUGCGAGAGGACUGGCUCCUGCUUCUCGGGUCGCUGUGUCAACUCCACCUGCCUGUGCGACCCGGGCUGGGUGGGGGACCAGUGCCAGCACUGCCAGGGCAGGUUCAAGUUGACAGAACCUUCUGGAUAUUUAACAGAUGGUCCAAUUAACUAUAAAUAUAAGACUAAGUGUACAUGGCUAAUUGAAGGCUACCCAAAUGCAGUGUUGAGGUUAAGAUUCAAUCACUUUGCUACAGAGUGCAGCUGGGAUCACAUGUACGUGUAUGAUGGAGACUCAAUAUAUGCGCCUUUAGUGGCUGUACUUAGUGGCCUGAUCGUUCCUGAAGUGAGGGGUAAUGAGACGGUGCCUGAGGUUGUCACGACGUCUGGCUACGCGCUGCUCCACUUUUUCAGCGAUGCUGCGUAUAACCUAACAGGCUUUAACAUUUUUUAUUCAAUCAAUUCUUGUCCUAACAAUUGCUCUGGUCAUGGAAAAUGUACAACUAGUGUCUCUGUUGCAAGUCAAGUGUAUUGUGAAUGCGACAAAUACUGGAAAGGGGAAGCAUGCGACAUUCCUUACUGUAAAGCCAAUUGUGGGAGCCCAGAUCAUGGCUACUGUGACCUAACGGGAGAAAAACUCUGUGUCUGUAACGAUAGUUGGCAAGGCCCAGACUGUUCUCUGAAUGUCCCUUCCACCGAGUCCUACUGGAUUUUGCCAAAUGUUAAGCCCUUCAGCCCUUCUGUAGGUCGGGCUUCACAUAAAGCAGUUUUACAUGGGAAAUUCAUGUGGGUGAUUGGAGGAUACACUUUUAACUACAGUUCUUUUCAAAUGGUUCUCAAUUACAACUUAGAAAGCAGCAUAUGGAAUGUAGGUGCUGUGUCAAGGGGCCCUCUGCAGAGAUACGGGCAUUCGCUUGCUCUCUAUCAGGAAAACAUCUUUAUGUACGGGGGCAGAAUGGAGACAAGUGACGGGAACGUCACCGAUGAAUUAUGGGUGUUUAAUGUACGCAGUCAGUCAUGGAGCACGAAAACCCCCACUAUCCUUGGGCACGGUCAGCAGUAUGCUGUAGAGGGCCACUCGGCACACAUCAUGGAGCUGGACAGUGGCGAUGUCGUCAUGAUUGUGAUAUUUGGAUAUUCUGCAAUAUAUGGCUAUACAAGCAGCAUACAGGAAUACCAUAUCUCAUCCAACACUUGGCUGGUUCCGGAAACUAAAGGAGCCAUUGUGCAAGGCGGUUAUGGCCACACGAGUGUGUAUGAUGAAAUGACCAAGUCCGUUUAUGUUCAUGGCGGCUAUAAAGCCCUGCCGGGGAAUAAGUAUGGGCUGGUGGAUGACCUCUACAAGUACGAAGUCAACAGCAGGACGUGGACUAUUUUGAAAGAAAGUGGGUUUGCCAGAUACCUUCACUCAGCUGUGCUUAUCAGUGGAGCUGUGCUUGUUUUUGGAGGAAACACUCAUAAUGACACUUCCCUGAGUAACGGUGCCAAGUGCUUUUCUGCCGACUUCCUGGCAUAUGACAUAGCUUGUGAUGAAUGGAAGACAUUGCCUAAACCAAAUCUCCACAGAGAUGUCAACCGAUUUGGACAUUCUGCAGUCGUCAUCAAUGGGUCAAUGUAUAUAUUUGGUGGAUUUUCUAGUGUACUCCUUAAUGACAUCCUUGUAUAUAAGCCUCCAAGUUGCAAAGCUUUCCGGGACGAAGAACUCUGCAGAAACGCUGGUCCAGGGAUAAAGUGUGUUUGGAAUAAGAAUCACUGUGAGUCCUGGGAGUCCGGGAACGCAAAUCUCCUGAGAGCCAAGUGCCCUCCCAGGACAGCCGCUUCUGAUGACAGAUGUUACAGAUAUGCAGACUGUGCCAGCUGCACAGCCAACACAAAUGGGUGCCAGUGGUGUGACGACAAGAAAUGCAUCUCAGCCAGCAGCAACUGCAGCACGUCUGUCAGAAACUACACUAAAUGUCACAUAAGAAAUGAGCAAAUUUGUAACAAACUUACAAGUUGUAAAAGCUGUUCACUGAACUUGAAUUGCCAGUGGGAUCAGCGGCAGCAAGAGUGCCAGGCCUUGCCAGCUCACCUUUGUGGAGAAGGCUGGAAUCACGUUGGGGACUCUUGUCUUCGAAUCAAUUCCAGUCGAGAAAGCUACGACAGUGCCAAGCUUUACUGCUAUAAUCUCAGUGGGAAUCUCGCCUCCCUGACCACAUCCAAGGAGGUGGGGUUUGUGUUGGAUGAAAUACAGAAGAACACACAGCAGAGAGUGUCACCGUGGGUCGGCCUACGCAAGAUCAACAUAUCCUACUGGGGAUGGGAGGACAUGUCUCCUUUCACAAACACGAGCCUGCAGUGGCUGCCGGGUGAGCCAAACGACUCUGGAUUCUGUGCCUACUUGGAAAGGGCUGCUGUGGCAGGGUUGAAAGCCAACCCUUGUACAUCCAUGGCAGACGGGCUUGUUUGUGAAAAGCCUGUGGUAAGUCCCAAUCAGAACGCAAGGCCGUGCAAGAAGCCGUGCUCCCUGCGGACCUCCUGUGCCAACUGCACGAGCAAUGGCAUGGAGUGCAUGUGGUGCAGCAGCACGAAGCGCUGCGUGGACUCCAACGCCUACAUCAUCUCCUUCCCCUACGGACAGUGUCUGGAGUGGCAGACUGCCACCUGUUCACCUCAAAAUUGUUCUGGAUUAAGAACCUGUGGACAGUGCUUGGAGCAGCCCGGGUGUGGCUGGUGCAACGAUCCCAGCAAUACAGGAAGAGGAUACUGCAUCGAAGGGUCUUCCCGGGGCCCAAUGAAACUUGCUGGGGUACACAACAGUGAGGUGGCUCUUGACACCAGUCUCUGCCCCAAGGAGAAGAAUUACGAGUGGUCUUUUAUCCAGUGUCCAGCUUGCCAGUGUAACGGACACAGCACUUGCAUCAACAACAAUGUCUGUGAGCAGUGUAAGAAUCUCACCACUGGGAGGCAGUGUCAGGACUGCAUGCCGGGGUACUACGGAGACCCAACCAAUGGCGGGCAGUGCACAGCUUGCACGUGUGGAGGUCAUGCCAACGUCUGUCACCUGCACACAGGAAAGUGUUUCUGCACAACCAAGGGGAUAAAAGGUGACCAGUGCCAACUAUGUGACUCUGAAAAUCGCUAUGUUGGUAACCCACUUAGAGGGACAUGCUAUUACAGUCUGCUGAUUGACUACCAGUUUACCUUCAGCUUGCUGCAGGAAGAUGACCGGCACCACACUGCCAUCAACUUCAUCGCAAACCCAGAGCAGUCAAACAAAAACUUGGACAUUUCCAUUAAUGCUUCCAACAACUUUAAUCUCAACAUCACGUGGUCUGUUGGCUCAACAGGUGGAACAAUAUCUGGGGAAGAGACUCCUAUAGUUUCUAAGAUGAAUAUAAAAGAGUACAGAGAUAGCUUUUCCUAUGAAAAGUUUAACUUCAGGAGCAAUCCUAACAUCACGUUUUAUGUGUACGUCAGCAACUUCUCCUGGCCUAUUAAAAUACAGAUUGCGUUUUCCCAACACAACACGAUCAUGGAUCUGGUGCAGUUCUUUGUCACCUUCUUCAGUUGCUUUUUGUCUUUACUGCUGGUGGCUGCUGUGGUCUGGAAGAUCAAACAGACUUGCUGGGCUUCUCGUCGGAGAGAGCAACUGCUUCGAGAACGACAGCAGAUGGCCAGCCGUCCCUUUGCUUCUGUUGAUGUAGCCCUGGAAGUAGGAGCUGAACAGACAGACUUUCUGCGAGGGCCAUUAGAGGGUGCACCUAAGCCAAUAGCCAUCGAACCCUGUGCUGGGAACAGAGCUGCUGUCCUGACGGUGUUUCUCUGUCUACCGAGAGGAACAUCAGGUGCCCCACCCCCCGGGCAAUCAGGUAAAAAUAAAAGAUCAUAUGCCCAUCUUAUUUUUAACAUAUUGUUUUAGUAACAAAUGAAAGCUUGAAAUCUGUGGGAAGGCAUCUGCCUUUAUGCCCAGAGCCCGAGUGGCUAAGGAGUGAGAUUGACAUGGAGCAGACGCGCACACGGGAACAGUCGAUCGGGGAGCGCCGUGCUGGAGACAGCAGUCCAGGAAAGUCCGGUAGCCAUCACCAAACGGCCUAAGCUUGUGAGAUUCAUCCACAAAGAAACUUGUCUGUCUUUAUUUUUGGAAGUGCACACUCUGGCAAAUAAAAGGAGAUAGUUAUCUUCUGUGUGCACAGUAGAGCGAGUUAAACUAUGUAUGGACUUUCUCCGUGCUUGGGACAGAGGAUUGACAUGCAAUGUAUUGCCCUGAAUCCUCUUGGUCAUUCUCCACCUCGGAUCCAUUUAUUACGCUUCGAUUCAUCACCCUCUUUCACUUUAAAAAAUUGUUUUCAACCGGUAGAAAAAUCACUUUUCGUAAGGAAUGUGUGUCCUUACAGUGAAAAGAACCCUUUGAAUCUCACCUUAAAAGGUGGGGUGCUGGUGUUCUUUGCAGUUGACAGUGAGCUUCCCUUGCUGAGGUUCAUGUAACUUAGGCAAGCUAGAAGCGCUUCCUUUAUCUGUCGGACACAUUGAUCGGCUAGCUGUGCACAUUCUCAACAUUGUCCGUGUAAAUAGGACAUCGCAUUAUUAAUUCAGCUCCUCAGCCCUUUGCAGAUGAGUGGUGCGGAAGCGCACACUUACGGGAUGAUAGAUGCAGGGCAGAAAAACAAAGACAGCUCCGUGCCACUCAUGAAUCAAGGUGCAUUAACCCGAACAGGAGGAGAGCCCACUGGGCCUGCUGCAGGUCUGCGGAGGGUUCCGACGCCACACAACAAGGCCUGUAUCACAGUCGGCCACUGCUCCUCACAGAGGGAGGGUGCUGACCUGCAGCAUAAGACUCUACCUAAAAAAAAGCAGUUUACAAUCUCCACAAGAAUAACUUGUUAAAAACCCCUCCAUUACUGUUUGUGACUUCUGAUUGGUACCCCUGGUGCUAGAUUUUUUUGUCCUGUGUAGCUACCAAUAACUUCAAUAUGUUACAGAAAUUCUCUUUAAAAACUUGGAUCAUACUACUUCUCUUGUUACCUCAAGAUUAAAGAAUUCGUAGCUGCAAGGCUCCGCGCUCAUAGUUUGCACUGUCAGACUAUGGAAACAUCGACAGCAGGUAUAGCUAGUGUCUCGCUUACACUAGGGUAUGUGUAUUGGGGCCCUCCUAGGUUCCUCCAGCAAGUCAUAGCAUGCAACCUACACAAUGAAUUUAGACACGAGGAAGUUAUUCACUAUUGGGAACAAGGAGAGGUCAACGUGUUCUGCAAGUCUGUCGUACCUCUGUAUUGUGGUUAUACCACUUAUUACUCCACGUUCUAAUGAAGUGAUCAAAUCAAAUAUUCCACAGCCUAAUAAAAUGCCGUUUCAUAGAUUGUUAAUAUUAAGAGCACAUUAACACUUUGAAACUCCAUCAAGACAGGUUGCAUUUUAACCCUUUGCUGGUGAGUUCCCUCUGGACAUGUUUGUUGGGAACAACAUCCUUGGGAAAGAGGAUGAAGAGGGAGCCUGACCUGCUGGGUCCCAGUGCACCGAGGACAGAGAGAAAAGAACAGAGCUGAAUGACCAUGUAUGUGGCAGCUCAGAAGGCCCUGCUGCCCACACCCUCAGUGUCUGUCGUGUGGAUGAGAGCCAAGGAUGCAUUUCCAGAGAGUAACUGUGCGAUGGGAAAGGCAUGUUUAAGACAUGGGGGCUGUGAUCCCACGACGCACCCAGCCGCCAGAGAAAGAAGAAAGAGUUAGAGAGUGUGAUAGUAGACAGCUAUGGAGGACUUUGAGAGAGUUUGUGGUGACCUUUAAAGAGUCGGACAUAGAACCAAGAGCAAAACUGUAUUUGCAAGCUCCGUAGCUUUAAGGAACCGGUGUAAACCCUAGAGCACUUGUCUGCUCACUGAAUGAAAAAAAAAAAAAAGAUGUAUAACCAAAAAGAUGGUCUGAUGGAUACAAUUAAAUGCACAUCAGAAGAUACCUUCCUUCUGUAUGUCUUUUCUUGUGAGGGGGAUGGGUAAAUUUUCCAAUGGACAGUCUGUUUUACUGAGCGUGUGAUGGAAUCCAAGACCCAUGCCAUUUCUAGAGACAGUUCAGAGGUGAGGGGGUUAGCGUCGGGCACAGUGCUGAGUGUGGAAGGUCUUAAGCUGAGGCAACUGAGCGGCUGGAGUGAGCCUCCCUCGGCAGUGUGCGCGCCUCUUCAGACACACGGUGCCGACUGAGUGCAGGCGAGCAUGGCAGGUGCAGUGGUAAAGGAGAACCUUCUCUCUGCUCCAGGGCAGAUGUCAAACAAGCAGACCGAAGAGUCUGACAGGAACUGUGACCCACUUUUCAAGGACUUGGGAGGGUGUGUGUCUCCACAGAGCUGGAGUUUUUCCUACAAUGCCUCUGUGUUUACAGUUGGCCAUCAACCUGUGGCGUCACUGUCACUGGGUGGCGAACCCUUUCUACUGAAGCCUAUAGGGAGGAAGGUCGGUUGUUAGACUUCGCCUUUAAGGAAGUUACUGGUCCCCAAGCCUCUCCUCUUUCUUCUCUUUGCCUCUCCCCACCCAUUUCUCCUUCCAUGACACAGCAACCAGCAGUUUAAACUAAAACUGGCAAAACCCUGGGCCAAAGAAACCUUCCCUCCCGCUAGGUGGCUUGCCUUGGGUGUUUUGCUGUAGUGACAGUAAGCUGACUAACACGCUGAGGAGAUAAAGGGGAGACAGGAGAAUUUUAAGAAAACUUCGGGGUCCAAGGAAGCUGAAUCCUAUACUGCACUAGAGCCUUGUCCAUAAUUGACCCAGAAGCAUUGAUCCCAAGCUGUAUCACUUGUGAUUGAAGAAGCCCGAGAAGGGAACGCUGUCCUUCCACUGCCCACAGAGUACUUAGAGGCUUGGGACUGAAACCAGGGAUAGACUUUUUCUCUCUAGGCAUCCAGGCACUGGAGCGCAACCCUCACACUGUGUCACUGUUUGCUAAACCGCACGUCUGGCUCAGAAGUGCACUGGUCCCGUCACCAUUUACCCAUUAAGCACUGCUUUCAGUUUAGUGCCACGAAGUUCAAUGCGGAAACUGGCUCCAGGCAGGCAUGGUGUGCAUAUGCAGAGAGGCAAGAAGAUGUGUCUGUUCUGCAAAGUUACUCUUUACCCGGAUUUCUCAAAAAUGCAAGAUAUAAAUGUGCAAGAAAGAAUAUCCAAUAAAAACCACUAGGUUUUGAAGUAGCUGCCAAGACAUUGACUAUUAUUGGGUUGUUAGAGUGGUUGAGUUAGAUUCUUUUUUAAAUGCAGUGUUUUGUUAAAUAGUUCAUGCCAUAUAUUUUUAUCAUGGUCACCCUCCCAUUUACCCUGUAACUCCUCCCUUUCCCCUGUAACUCCUCCCCUUUCCCCUGUAACUUCUCCCUUUUCCCCUGUAACUCCUCUCAUAUCCAUCUCCCAACUUUGAGUCUUUUUCUUUCAUAUCUUUUUUAAAUAACCCACAGAAUCUAAUUUAUGCUGCCCAUGUACUCUGUUGACUAUGCACUGGAAUAUGAUCCCUCCAUUAAAGAACAGGAUCCUCUCUGCCCCAGCCACGAGCAGCCAAUAGCUUCUUCAUCAGGAAUGUGAGCUCGUGGGUCUCUGAGAUGUUGGUGAUGCUGAUAAACCAGCCAGUGAGAAUGGCAGGAUCAGGUUUCCAGAGCACCAGCACAGACACUCAGAUGCACAGCCAGCCGCAGUAACUCUUGCCUCUGGUGCCGAGGCACACAGAGCACGUGGGCCUGUGUAGAAGCACGCAGCGUCCACAGAGGAGCAUCCACGUUGUCUCCUUUUCUAGGUCAGUUAGAUGGCUCCUAAUCACUGCGUUGUCCCGUGGCUUCACUCACAAGCUGUGUGUGGUCAUUCUAGUCUACUUGUUUUCUUAAGUAAAAUUAAAGUUGCCAAGUGCCUGGGGUGAGAAUAACUUUCAAAACAGAACUGUGCUAACAUGGGCCAUGUAAUCAGCACAAUUUCAUCAAAAGCCGGAUGUUACAUUGUUACUGUUCUCUUGAUUCCUCCAAAGAUCGGUUCUCAAAAAGAAGAAAGAAAGAGCAUUUUUGCCAUCAAACUUUAGCACAUAUAGUCAGGGAUGCACAGGAUUACAGAUUAAAGAGGCGGCACUGGAUCCAACCGGAUCCUGAAGGGGCCGCUGUGCCUGUCCCUCUGGGACAGCACUGAGAAGCCCCAAGCUGUUUGUUGUAUUUUGGUGGUCUCCAGGACUGUACAUUCCUGAUGCCAGGAGGUGACUCAUCCAGCACUCGUGGGAAAGUGCGUUCUUUCUGCUUCUCCUUGUGGACAAAAUCCUUGCUGUUCCAGGGAAGGUCUCGGAGAGCUUAACACCACUUCCUGCUUCCCUUGCCUGGCUCCUCCCCCUGAGGAGUCCCCUCCUCCAGGAAGGCCACAGCCCUGCCUUGUGCCUUCAGUAAUGCUAUGGAACAUCUAAACUCCUUCACAAAAGAAGAUGAAGGCUCAGACUCUGUUCAGAUGCAGGAAUGUUUGCGGAAGGAUGCGGGCACCAAGGACGCUCAUAACAGUUGUGUAAGGACACCAGCUGAAGAGAGGCCAUAAACCAGCACUGAUGUGCAGAAGGAGAAACAGAGGCCUAAGGGGAGCUGAGCACCUCACUCAGGCUGCAGAGGUGUAGGUCACAUGGAGAGUGGAAACACCGCCGGGCAGAGGCCAUGUGGGAGGCAGGAAGGAUGGGUUCACACACAUUCAUCACCACCACCAGUCAUUGCCAUCAAACACUGUCUCUAUGGUUCCCCUAAAGCACCCAGAAAAUUGGUAUGCUAAAAUAUCUUAUAUGAGUCCCAUACCUCCUGAUACGUGGAUUAUAUCCUGUAACACAGCCUACAGUGUUCUUCUAAACAAUAAAGGAAGUCAUAGACUUAUGACGGAAGCCUCAAAUUGACCAGUAAUCACAGGAUCACUUUGUAAAAGCCACUUAGAGAUACCACCCUGCUGUCUACAAAAACAAACAAACAAACAAACAAACAAACAAACAAAAACCACAAGUGCCCCAGGUUUCACAAACGAAUUCUCAUAAACCUCGAGGGAAUAAAGUUGCCGGUGCUGAUUAAACCUUUUCACAGCAUAAAGGAACCAGCCUGUUCUGAAGCAGUGCAGGUUAACCUUAGCAAAGCUGGCACAGGAGGGACGCCUCGAAAAUGGUUGUUGGUUCAUUUAAAACAAUGGCAUUAAAAAAAAUCUAGCAAAAAUCCGGGGAAAUCAUAAUGACAACAUUUGGAAAAAGAAUAGUUGUUCUAGAUACUAAUCCAUUAAACUAUAGCAGUUGAAGCAACACGAAGUCAGAACAAAUUAAUCAGUAAAGAAUGCAAAAAUAGGCACAAAUGAUUAUGGUAAUUUAGUGUAAUAAUAAAGGCUAUGAAUAAAAGAGCUAAGGACGACUUUCCAAAAUAGUGUGAAGACCAGCAGCUCGAUGAUGUUCAAAAAUUACCACGUGAAAUCACAGCUUAAAUUAACUUCUGGAGGCUCAAAUAGGGUAUUAUAAAAGGACACGCAUACGUAUACUAGAUCAAAAUAAAACAGAGUCUGUAGAAAUGGCUCAGUCAGUAAAGUGCUCACAGGGACCGGGGCCCAGCCCUGAGGACCCAUGUUAAAAGCAUCAGCUGCAAUGGUGGCAUUUAUAACCCAAGCUUGAGAGGCAGAGAGAGAAGACCCCUGGGGUUCAGUCAGCAGGCUCCAGGACACCAUGACAUCCUGCCUCAAAAAGCAAGAGAGAGAAAGAUGUGAUUAAAAUAUUAACUUACAGCCUCAGAAGUAAAAGAAAGCACAAGGUGGUUGGUUCCUGAGGAGCAGUGGCCUCCACAGGCACAUGCGUGCACCCACACACAGGCAGAGUCAAUACCGCAACAGAGAGAGUCCUGAUUAACUUGUCAGACAUGUGACACUAAGUAACUAAACACGGGAAGUGAAUAGGCAUGUCACCUACAGGUAUGUCUUCCUAAGAAAGAAACCGGGAACACCUAGAGGGCUGUGACGGUCCCCUCAGAGCUGCUGCUACCUUAAAGACUAGAGGAGAGAGGUCCGUCAGCGACCCACUAGAUACAGAUGAAGUGAGUCUGUCCUCCCCACUGCUGGCUGCGUUUAAGGAAAUGAAUAUUCUGCAUAGUUGGAGAGACAGAACUGACCACUCUUCAGUGAAAUGUGAACUGUCUUUACUGACCUCUCAGUAAUUAAAUGCAUCUGAACACACAUUCAGAACGUUAAUAUAUAGAUGGAAAUAUAUCUAAUAAUGAAAAGCUAGAAUGGUCUUAAAUGUUACCCAGAAGCGCAGUUUGCCAAGGGCUUAAAUGUCUGCAUAGGCCCUGGAACCUGUUCAGUGAAGGAAGUGACCGGCACCCAUUAAUGGCAGCUGCUGGUCAAGAAGCACCAGGAGCCGUCACAUGUCUCCACUUCUCUCUUCCUUGUCUCCAGGUUCACUGGAAGUUAUACGAGUCCUGGAACAGGACCACUUAUGAGGCAGGUCUAUAACAGGUGACCCCUGACCUCUGAUGUGCCAUGGCCAGUGACCUCUGAUGUGUCAUGCCAGGUGACCUCUGACUUCUGAUGUGCCAUGAAAACAAGGAGAACAUUUGUGGUGACCCACUACAGAGCUGCAGCCUCUGUGACCGUCACAAAGCUAAGAAGGAAAGCAACAGGGUAAAUGUGGCAAUUUUAAUAUAAACAACCGUAAAUUGAUACACCACAUGCUGGUGUACAAGUUGAGACUUCGGAAGAGAGGCAGAACUUUCUCUAAUGAGUACUUGAGACAGGGGACUCGGAACAAUGUUUACAUGUUCCAUUUCCUCUGUACUUUUUAUGUACUGUAAUAAGUAGUUUCUUUAGAAGACAAUAAUGUUUUUUAAAUGAUCAGUGAUGGUCAGCGUUAGUUACCAGCACGACAGCGGGGGAGAUUGUAGAUGAGAUGCUCUGUGGGAUCCUCUAAGUACUGUUUGAUUACACUGGAUGGCGUGAGGAGGCCCCGGUCACUGUGUCUGCUGUCGUCCCUUAGACGUCUUAGACGUGGGUCCAGGAUGAGAUGAGUAAAGAUGAGCUGGAUGGUCAGCGUGCACGCCUUCAUUCUCUCUGCCCCUGACUGGAUGUCAUGUGACUUGUUACUCGAAGCAUCCGCCACCUGACCUCCCUGGUGUGAUGCACUGUCUCCAGAACCUGUGAGCCAAAAUAAGCGCUUUGUCCCCUAAGUUGCUUCUUGUCGGGUGUUUCUACCACAGAAGCAAAACGGGGCAAUCCUCACAGGACAAGAGGGAACAACCAACUGGUCUAAUCAGAAGACAUUUUUCUUCUCAAGAAAGCAGAUAUCCACUGAUUGUGAGUGUAAAGUCAGGACUAACCAAGGGUCACCUGCCUGAGAAACCUCAGAUGCAUCACUGACAGCUCUGAUGUUGGCACAAGGUCCAAUUUUUAAAGGCGGGCAUCUAGAAUUAAUUCAUGAUGGAUCUGAGACCGUGGAAAAGUCAAAUGGAGGUGUGCUUUCCAAAAACUGGCAUUGAGAGUUUGUUCAUCCGUAUGGAAAGAAAACCACAACUGAGCCCCACCUCUCCUCGUGACUUAGAGUAGUGCCACAAGGAUUAAAAAUGUUACCGCAAAAGGUAAUGUAAGAUGUCAGAAGGCCGUGUACAGAAUGAAGAGAUAAAAAUACUUGAAAGUUAUACUCACAGUAUUUAUAAGCUUUAAUACGUACGGUAGGUCAGCUUCUGUACUAAGGACACUGAAUUUCCCAGCAGCCCUGUGGCAAAAGUAAGGUCUCAUCCCGGUCACAUGGACAGCACUGAGGCAUUGUGGCAGACUGCCGGCUUUCUUGGUGAUUCAGUACUAAGCUGAGAUCUAAACCCAUUCAAAAGAUAGAACAGGCAUUUCAGCAGAGGAAAUGUCGACGGUCCAUGAGCAUAAAUGGCAGCUGUUUUCAUCAGUAACCCAUGAAAUGUAAAUUAGAGCUACAACCAUGUUCCGACUACAGGAGCGGGAGAUACUGCUGGUGGGUAGGAUGUGUGCUGCACGAGUUGGCUAACCCAAGCUCGGAUGCCCAGGACCACAUAGAUGUAGACUCCUGUGGUGGCUGUAACCCCAGCACUAGGAGGCAGGGACAGAACCUUGAGGCUGACUGCUCAAAUCAGGGAGCUCCAGGUUCCGUGAGAGACAACCCCUCAAACAAAGCCAUAGCACUGGAAGAAGAAACCUAGCAUCGGCUUCAGGCCUACACACACACACACACACACACACACACACACACACACACACACGAGCAUGUGUGAGUUACUUGCCUUCCAAUUGUACACAUACCAAGGUGGCAACAGGCAGCUUCCUGGUGUAAGGUCCUGGUAAGGACAUGGUCUCCUUCGUGCUCCUCAGUAGGGUUAGGGUUAGGGUUAGGGUUAGGGUUAGGGUUAGGGUUAGGGUUAGGGUUAGGGUUAGGGUUAGGGUUAGGGUUAGGUUAGGGUUAGGGUUAGUAGUUCCAUAGUGCUGAGCUGAUGACGCCUUCAUCCUCAUAACAGCCAGUUCCAGAUAUCUUGGUCUUCACUCAGGUUUUGUUAAAAAAACAAACAAACAAACAAAAACAACUAUCUCAAUAGGUCAUUUUUUUUAACUUAAUGCAACAUUUUAUUUCACAUGUGCACUUGAAAGAGUCCCAUGAAAAGUAGGAGCACGUAUGUCUUAAUUCAUAAAAUAUGCAUCUCUAGUUUAUUACGUGGCUUGUAAAAUACAAAAUUAUUUAAAAAUUGAAGGGAAAUCGAGUUUUAUUCAAGUCUGUUUUUAUUAAAAAUACAGUGUGUGACUGACUGAAAUUUUAGCUAGCUCGUGCUCUAAAAGCCCAGUUUCAGGGAGUCAAUAAGUCAGAAUAAUGCCUGUUAAGUCGGUGGGUUUUCAGGCUGUGUCCUUGUCUGUUUAGUGUGUUGGGGUUGGGGGUCUAGUUUUUUGUUUAGUCUCCUUGGACCCACUGCUCCCUCACUGACGGUCACCUUGAGAUGCUGAACCAGAGCCCGGUACAGUUCAGUUUAUCACAAACCAUAGCCCAUUUCUAUACUGGUCUUAGAAAACAAAGAAGUUUGCAAUGUCAAUGUGGGCAGAGGAGUUUGGGGAGUAAAACUGCUCGGUGUUAAUGACAGAAGGUUCCCAGAUCACUUUCAACCCUCCCCAGGCCCCGCUCGUGCCCAGAUUGGUUCAAAGCAACCUCAGUUAAAACAAGCCAGUGCUCCCCACACUUUCUGUGGCCGGAGUUUAAUAAUGGUGUAAAUGAUGUUUUCUUUCCCACAACUGCAGGCAGAGAUUGUUUUGGAGAUCUUUCAACUUAACUCAUUAUAAUCAAGUUGUACCAGCCUUUGUUUUAAUAAGAUUCUAAUCUGGAGGCCUAUCCUUCGCACCAGUGACUUUACACUGUUAAUUGCUUUCUUGUCCUCCAUUAAACCACGGUUGCAAUUGCUACAUCGUAACAGGCUCCCGAUGCUUUUGUAUUCUGCCCAAGUUCUGCAGACAAUCUAGGCAACAGCCUCUCACUAAAGAACAAAAUUACCUAUUAUCCCUUUAAUCUUGAUGUUCUUUUUUAUGGGUCUAGUUCCUAGCUAGUGUCCAACCAGGAAACUACGUAUUAUCUUCUUUUACAAAAAAAAAAAAAAUGUUUUUCUUUUUAAAGCAACAUAGUAUAGAAAGCCAAAAUUUAUUUCUAGAUGGAACUUGCAUAGUGUGUUCAUUUAUUGUUUUAUAGGACCAAUUAAAAAGACAAAGGAGCCCAUUCUCCCCUUGAUACAGCAGAGCGAUUCCCAUUAACACUAAGAGGAAAGACGUGCUUGUGUAGGUGAGUGGAGCUGUCCUAGGACGCUGAGAGGCAGGAAGUGCUCACUCUGGAGUGAGCAUGAUCAGCUCCGUGGUUCCUCUAGAGAAGCUACACAAAAAGCAAACAGCUCAACCCUCAAGUCACCCCGCCCCCCAUUGCUUGUAUAUUGAAGAAAGUCAAAGGAUAAUUUGAGACAGUUUCUUCCUUCAAAAACCAACUGGAUGUGAAUUUGCUAGCUUAACAUGGAUGGCACAACUUACAGAAAACAUUCAGUAAUGAAAAGCAGGCGGGAAGGGGGGUGGGGGUUGACAGGGCUUUCCUGAAGGGCAGACCUUGGAGACCAGCUCCUGAAGGCAGAGGUGAGAGCAGAAAAUUAGUUAUCUGCAACACUGUAAAAGAAGCGAGGAGUUGCAGUCCGGCUGACAGCAUCAGGCUUCUCUUCAGAGCUUCCGACUUGAGCAGCUCUCGGCAUCUGCCAUCCUUUUGGUGCCGGGGGCACCAUAUGAAAGGUUUUCACUCUAGUUCUGCAUAAUUGGACACAAGAAAUUGGGGGUGGUUCUCCUUCAUUGUUUCCUUGGGUUAGCCGCCCUAGGGCCACUGUGUAAAGUGUGAGCAGUUCAGGGUGCCACAUCUCAUGAUCCGUUCCUUUUCCUUCAGUUGCUUGGUUUUACUGUUGACACGUUCAUUUUAUGUCUGGUAGGCAUCAAGUUCAGAUUUGGUUUCUGACCUUUGAAAAGGCACUUCAAAGACAAAGCAACCCUCUCCUGCCAUCUCUCCCUCUGACCUCCAUUUUCUUGAUCCAACUUUCCACUUAGCUGCAAAACACCACACUCGAUAGCAUUAUUCCCUGCCCCCAAGUCUCUCCUGCCCUGAGUGGGUUGGCACUCUCUGGAAUGCUGCUGCUAUUCAUACUGACCUGGAAAGGGCUUCUGAGAUAUUUUUCUACUCUAAUUGCUUCCUUUCUUAACUAUGACGGAUCCUUGCCUUCAGAAAAUUACUUGCAACCUUCUCUGGAACCAAAUUAAACAAACACAAACCCAAGCCCUUACCCCCAGUUUGUUUCUUUUAUAUCAUUCAUUCAUUCAUUUACCCAUUCAUUCACUUGGUUGGUUGGUUUGUUUCAAGACAGUGUCAUGUAGCCCAGGCUGGCUUGAGACUGGCUCUGGAACUGACAAUGACCUUGAGCCCUUGACUCUCUUCCUGCACCUACCUCCCAGAAGCACGUGCCACCAUUUCCAGAGUUUCUUUUCCAUAUUUAAAAAACAAUGACUAAGGAACUGGGCAGGUAGAUUCACAGGUAACGUGCUUGGUGAACAAAUAUCAGAGCCUGCGUGCAGAACUCCAGAGUCUACAUAACAGCCGAGACUGGCCACACACGGGUAACCCAGUCCCGCGUGCCUACAUGACAGAGGAGUCUGGCCAAACACAUCUAACCCCAGUUCUGCAUGGUGGACAGACACAGCCCUGGAGCUAGCUGGGCAGCGAGCCUAGCUAAAACACUGAGCACCAGCUUCAGUGAGAGACCCUGCCUCAAAGUUAUAAAGCAUAGAAGCUCAACAUGGCCUCCACACAUGUGGUCCAUGCUCGCACAUCCACCAGGACACAGUGGCUGGACGGCUCUCUCCGUUCAAUAUCUUCUUUUAUCUUGGAUUCCAGAUCAACCUUCAUUGCUUUUGCCUGAAUUCCCUAAAGAAUCUUUUUUUUUCCCUCACAGUUAUGCUUUUAGAAGUUUUCCCUGGUUAGUAUUGUGGGGUCGUUCAUAAAAGAACCCGGGGUUGAAAGACAGAAUGGGGGAAUGUAAAUGUUACUGAGCCCGGAUUAUCAUUCCCUGUGGACCUCACAUUAAAAAAAGAAAGAAAAGAAAACCCGUCCAUCUCCCUAGCAUUGUGCCAGCUCUGGCUCUCCCAGGGUGGGCACUGAGGUAGGGUGAGGAGCUAUGCAGGGGCACGGGACAACUCUGAAGAAGGCAGGGUGGAAGCAACCAGGCAGAGCUCUGACAGGGUGUGAAGAAGAGUGACUGGGAAGGAACUGAGGUGUAGUUCUGAGAAAACAGACAGUCUCUGGACAGGCCAAGGUCUAGUCUUCAAGUCAGUUACCUGCUGGGAAAGUCUCACAACUGCCCCUGCACAGAUGACCUCAGCAGCAGUAGACAUGAUGGAAUGAACAGAGGGAUCUGCCGACCCCAGCCAUUUUGUUUCCACUUGUUUUAGGGUUUCACUGCUCUGAUGAGACACCAUGACCAAGACAACUCUUUUUUCUUUUCUUUUAUUGGAUAUUUUUAUUUACAUUUCAAAUGUUAUUCCCUUUCCCGGUUUCCCUUCUAGAAACCCCCUAUCCCAUCCUCCUUCCCCUUACUUCUAUGAGGGUGCUCCCCUUACCCACCCACUCCUUCCACCUCCUGGCCCUGACAUUCCCCUACACUGGGGCAUCUAGCCUUCACAGGACCAAGGGCCUCUUCUCCCAUCGAUGCCAGACAGGGCCAUCCUCUGCUACAUAUGCAGCUGGAGCCAUGGGUCACUCCAUGUGUACUCUUUGGUUCAUGGUUUAGUCCCUGGGGAGCUCUGGGGUAUCUGGUUGGUUGAUAUUGUUGUUCUUCCUAUGGGGCUGCAAUGCCCUUCAGUUACUUCAGUCCUUUCUCCAACUCCUCCAUUGGGGACCCCGUUCUCAGUCCAAUGGUUGGCUGCAAGCAUCCACCUCUGUAUUUGUCAGGCUCUGUCAGAGCCUCUCAGGGGACAGCUAUAUCAGGCUCCAGUCAUCAUGCACUUCUUGGCAUCCCCAGUAGUGUCUGGAUUUGGUAUCUGCAUAUGGAAUGGAUCCCCAGGUGGGGCAGUCUCUGGAUGGCCUUUCCUUCAGUCUCUGCUCCACACUUUGUCUCCAUAUUUCCACCUGCAAGUAUUUUGUCCCCCUUCUAAGAAGGACUGAAGCAUCUGUAUUCUUCUUGAGCUUCAUGCGGUCUGUGGAUUGUAUCUUGGGUUUUCCAAGGUUUUGGGCUAAUAUCCACUUAUCAGUGAGUGCAUACCAUGUGUGUUCUUUUGUGAUUGGGAUACAGCUUGGUGGUGGGGUGCUUGCCUAGCACGCCCAAGGUAACUCUUAGAAGGACAACAUGUAAUUGGAUCUGGCUUACAGGUUCAGAGGCUCCGUCCAUUAUCGUCAAGGUGGAAAGCAUGGGGGCAUCUAGGCAGGCCUGGUGCGGGAGGAGCUGAGAGCUCUACAUCCCGACCAGAAGGCGCAGCGUGAGCACUAGAACACCACAGGAUGGUGCCUGCCUACAGGACGGCACACUUCCUCUAACAGGGCCACACCUCCUGAUAGUGCCAUUCCCCAUGGACCAAGCAUGUUCAAACCAUCACACCCCCUGAAAUAUGGCUCUUACCCCAGAGGAAGGGGCUACUACCUGCAGGACAUCCUUGUUCCUACUGGCCGUUCCUGCAGUGCCCAGGGCUGUCCCUUGGAGAGUUAUCACAGGACCAGUGGCAGGUGGUGGACACUAAGGGUGAGAUCUCUACUUUCAUAAAUCAGCCCCAAGGCUACGCACAUGUUUGUCCUUGUCUUGCUUCUAAAGCUCAGCACAGCCAGGUUGCAGAGUUCACUCUUAGAAUUGUUCGCUGCUGUGAAGAUCUCCAACUUUGAAAGCAAAUAUUUUUCCAACUUCUAAAGAUAUAGUUAAAUUUAUUUUUUCAUCUUAAAAAUUCCCAACUCCUAAAGAUGUAGUUAAGUCUGGUUUUUGCUUUUCAUCUUAAAAAUGAUUGUAAAAGAAAAUAAAGUCUAUAAUCAGGUUCUCUUGUCUGAGGGACUAAAUUUAAGAAAUGAAAACAAAGAGUUCAUUCAGUCCAGUUUUUCCUACUGCUGAGUGUCGGCACUGCUAGGGUGGAUACUAUGCUUCCUUCAGUGGCUACAAACUGCACUUCUAAAGUGAAAGUAUCCAACGUCUGUAAGAAUGUCAGAAUGUCUACAAUCCUCACCUUGGACUGACCAGUUCCCAGGCACUAAAGUAAAUACACUAGUGCUCAUGGUUACCAAAGAUAGCCAAGAUCCACAGCAUGUGAGUAAAUGCAGAGAGGUAGAGUCACGGUUACGGUUUCCCAAGGACACAAGCCACUCUGCCAGAUGCGCAUAACCCACAACAUAUAAGAAGAAACUCAGCUGAGACAGACCUUUCCACAGAGUUUAGCAAGAUGCUGCAGUUACACUGCUGGAGGAGUGUCAACCUGUUAGGGUUCAACUCCCCAGGACCUCCACUCACCCUGAGGCUAAGAGCCAUGGUCCCUGGCAACCAGCACCCCCGCCUGACAUUGAGAAAUGCUGGAUCAUUAUUUAUGAUCAAAUAGACUUUAAUUCCAAUUCUGAGCAACCAAGUUGCUUAUUUGAAGAAUGAACUGGAUUACAAGAGGACUUAUUUAAAAAUCUGUUUAAUGUGCAAUUGUAGAAUGCAAAGUUGUCUUAAUACAGUAGGACCGGAACGGCUAGAAAUGGCUUGACUAUGAAUACAGUGUCAGAUUUCUGUGUUCAGCACAAAAGCCACAUUGUUCUCAUUGAUCGACUUUAUAAUAAAUAAAUGUUUACAAUUAUCAAGGUAAUUGGUUUACAGCAUGAUAACCAUAACUUAUGCUUCCACUAAUAAAACAAUGCAUUUAACAGUGUACAAUUUUAUGUUAAAGCUCUGUUUAUAAAAAAAAAAAACUUGAAAACCUCUGCUUCAGCAAGAACCAAAUUGGCUUUAAGCCUGAGAGUUUUUCCUGGACUUCUAUUCCCCUGUACCAUACCGUAUCUGAGACUCAGAAAACCCAUACAGUGAGCAUACAGACCUCAUAGUCUGCAGACCACUGUGGUACGUGAGAAAAUCUUAGAAGUGCUGGGCAGGACGUCUUCGCUCUGCUGUCUGCCUUCUUCUCCCUUACAAAUAUCUCUGUGUAAAAUAACCACAGAGGAUUGCAUAACACAAAAACCAACCCUUCGUGAACGUGGUCAUUAAUUUAAUUUUUCAAUGUUUGGAGAAACAGAAUUACUUUGAACACUUUUGCUCUCGUUGAGUUAAACAGUUUUUAUUUUGAGAACUGACCAGUUUCUCCUCCGUUUUCUGUUACUGUGUGCACCGUUACUCCAGCACAGGCCUUCUCUCAGAAUAUGAGUGGCUUGGGAUGGGAGCUGUAUCCUCCGGUCCCUCUUGUAACGGGGGCUGCACAGCUCCACACAGCUCAUUUGAAACAAACACUUGUAACGGGGGCUGCACAGCUCCACCCAGCUCAUUCGAAACAAACACUUGCUUAGAUUGUAGAGCGCGUAUAUGAGUGAACCUUCAGGUGCACUCACGUCUCUGUUGUCCCAUCAUGUCCUAGUCUUCUGAGGUAGGCAUUGCUGUCUCUUAUACAGAGGAAUUCAGCACUCAGCGUGCUGAAAUGACCUGGCAAAAGUCACACAGCUCUUAAGGGUAGAGCCAGGUGUGGAGUGCUGGCCCCCAUUGCUAUUCCUUGAUACUGGCACAACGUUAACACUCACUAAGGAGACCGCUUCCCCUCCUGGAAAAGAGAACUGUAGUCACAAGGUGACUGAAUCAGCCGGAAUUCACCACUGGCAUUUGUGUGCCAGAGUUCCUGUCAUAACCUCAAUUCUUCUCUCUGUGCUGUGCAUGCGUUAGGAAAGAAACGCCCCUGUAGUUGGGCUCAGGGAGCGGCAGACAUCAUGAUGAUAGUUCACCCAUCGAGACAUUUCCUCCAGGGUAGGCACACAUUUCAGUAGAGCGUUUACCUCGCAUGCUCAGAGCCUUGGGCUUGGUCCCCAGUGCUGAAUAAACUAAGAGGCUCAGUCCUGUCGUUCCAACACUGGGGAGGUAGAGGCAGAAAGAUUGGGAGCUCAAGGUUAUCCUUGACUACAAAGCAAGUUUGGGGCUAGCCUGGAUGUACAGGACUUUAGCUCAAAAAUAGGUAAGCAUGUAGGGGGUGCUCUUCCUCCCAACCAUGAACUAUGAGCAAAGGGGCUUGGCCUAUGAAACUGUUUUGAGCACUGUGUGGGCAUAAAAUUUUUGUAACCUUCUUUUAAUAAGGGUUCAACCUCUCCUCUAACCCAGCAGUGGUAGUGGAAGAGAAAAGUUAUUAAGGUGUGGGGGAAGUGGACCUAUUUAGCAAUAGUUCUUUGGGGGUGAGCUCGGUCUUGGACAGUAGUUCAGCCCCAAAGCAAACACCACAUAUGACUCAGUCAGCCCUCCAGGCAGGCAGACAGCACACAUGAACCAGCAGCUACAGUCCAGUCCUUUCAGCAGGCAGACACCAGGCCAAACCAACAGCUGUAGUUCAAUCCUGCAGGAACUGCAAGGCUCACCAACCAGCCUGAGGCGAGGCUGCUGAAGGGGCAAGCUGCCUCAGGAAUCCCACAAGCCGUUCUUGGGCGAGCUUCUCUCCAUGGCUGUGUUACCUCAAGUUGAGCUCAACAAUGAUUAUGUAGUGCAAACCAAUACAAGCUCAUUGUUGGGGCAGAAUGGCAAGAUGAGCAAACCCAAGCAGUGCUCAGUACUCGUCUCCCACUGUCUGUGAGGUCGUACUUACAUUCCCUCACGCCUGCUCCCCUCAUGUGUCUGCUCCAGCAAAACGUCCUUUCCUGCAUCUGCUUUAGCAAGACCUCCUUUUGCCAGUGCGCCCCAGCAAAAUGUCAUUCAACGUAACUGACUUUCCAAAGAAACCAGGAGUUUCCACUUCAGCACUGAAAUAAGCUUUAUUCUAAAACUUGAAAAUCUUCAAAAUCUAAAUGAAGAAAUGUUUCUAAAAUAUAGCACCAAUUUUAUUGUCAGAUUUAGGAUUUGUAAACAUUUCGACACACUUGUAAACAAUUUAUAUGGCUAGUGUGACAUCAUGAGAAUUCAUAGGUGUAUUGGCCACAGUCAAUAACAUGAUUUUUAAUGUUCGAAUAUUUUAGUAAGUAGUACUUAGCAUGAGUCCAUUUGACUCUCUGAAGUGGAAUGGGGUGGGGCUCUCAAGGUCAUUAAGUGACCUUGUCAGGACUCACUUUAGCAAGAUGCCUGAUUCUCUGCAGACGAGCAGGCAUCUUGAAUGGGGCAGAGGAGAGACAUCUGUGCUGUUCUCGACCGGAGUUCCAUGUGUUCUCCGUCUCUGUUUUCUGACUUGGUGGUUCAGCAUAAUGUUUCCUACAGAGAGCAGGGAGCAGAAACGCCUGGUUAUGCAAGUACCUCAGACCGGAGCCCUCAGCUGAAAUGCGUUGUUCUGUAUCUGCGGCUCCUCUCUGAUCUAGCUGGGUUCUGAGGUUAGGGCUUGUGCUAUCUUCCCGGUGCUGCUGUGAGGUCUCUUCCAGACUCUAGGCACUUAGGCAGGGCCUUUCCGUGACCUUCAGAAUUGAAAGCUCGAUGCAUCCCUUGGCCCUCAUCCUCAUGGCCAUCAGUGUCUGGCUCAAUAUGGCUCACCUGCUUCUGCUUCUGCCUUGUCCUUGCACUUGUAAGGACCUCUGUGGUUAUAGGAGCUGGUUCAUACCACAUGGAGUUGUGUCCCCACUUCAUGGUAUUUACCAUGAUCACAUCUAGCCAUCCCUUUGCUGGGAACGUCGCAGGGACCAGGGUGUGCAGCUGCAGAGUGAUGAUGAUUCUGCCCACCAUGGACACACACACUUAGUAAAUGCCAGGUGAAUAUAUUCCUCAGGACACCUGAGCAGCAGCCAAGUGCACUCUGUGAGCAGGAGGCGCCCUGUCCAUUCAUCUCACAGAUCCCCAAGACCUCCCUGAUGCACACACACUCUGCCUCUUGCUGGCCAUCUCUCCCCCACUGACUGCUUUGCUCCUAAACCUAAUGGUAAGAACGUUGCUUGGUUCAUUCACUGUUUCUUCCUGUGAAAUAAACCUUUGUUGUGAGGGAGCAGAGCACGUGGGGCUCUGGCUGUGCAAGAGGAAGAGGGAGAGUUGGGGUUGGUUUACAGUGCCACACUUCGAUUCAGAAUUUUAAUUUAUUUUUUUAAGAAAAUGGCCCCAUUAAAACAAACCUUUCCAGACUCUGACACUGAGCUUGCUUUCCCUCUCUCCCUCUCUCUUGCUUUCCUCACUCUUUCACUCGCUCUCUCUCUCUCUCUCUCUCUCUCUCUCUCUCUCUCUCUGUGUGUGUGUGUGUGUGUGUGUGUGUGUGUGUGUUCAGUCCCCCACCCAGUACUCCUUGUUUCUCUCAGUUGCUAGUGUUGAAGUCACUGUGGAACAGUUACCAGUCCAGUCUGCCACUCAGUAGCUGUCGUAUCCUCAGUAAAUCUUUGUAUCUCCCCUGCCUCUGUCCUUAAAUGUAAGACACAGAGAAGCUUUUUCACUUUGGAAACCGGGACUGUGCUCCCAUUUUCUCGCUCACACUGAUUUCUAAAACUCACAAAGGCCAUAGGACAAAGGAUAAGUGCCUUGGCAUGCAGGCACCUCAGAAUCAGGGCCCUGUCUCCUGCUCUACCUUCCACCUCAACCUCUCACUGUUUGCAGUGCAUGCAGCCCUCCAACAGUGUCUGCCUGGAAGACUCCGGGUGUGCUGAGGAGAGGAGCCAACUACACAUUACCGGGAAUUUUUGUCACUUUACUAAGGUUUUAAAACGGGACGCAAUAGGGCAGACAAGUGUCAAACAUUAUCAGAGUGAUGCUCUCGAAUGUCCAGGGGGAAUCACCUUGCCUUGGGAAAGAACAAAAAUGUACUGAAUGUGUUUAAUCUUUGAUUAAAAUGUAUAUUUCUGUUUUGAGAGUAGUAGUUAAGCAGAGAUCACGAGGCCCAAAGGAUACUUUAAGCAUCAUUAAACAUGAUCUUCCCUAAAUGAAGUGGAUGGGAGAGCCCAGGAUAGGUGAGUCCCUGCUUGCUCUGUGGACCUUGGGAGGGGACUUUCCACCUGUGAGAGUGGAUGGGGACCACGAGGACCUGGCGUCUUAUCUCUGGGCAAGGCUUAUCACUACUAACACUGCCCAGUCGCUCCCACUCACCUGAUGCCUUAGGACCCAUUACCCAACAGAAUGGAUGGAGCCUGAAUGGAGCCAAAGGGCGGCUGAACAUCCUCCCAAACUGUUUGCAUCCACAAGACCACACGGCCACAAGAGCCCUCUGCAGAGGCUCAGGGCUCUGAGCCAUGGGGAGGGCGUGGCUCACACACACAGGCUCUUCCUUCUCCUAUGCACUUUGCAUGGGCCUCAUGUCCAAAGUCCUGCGAGGGGCUCUUUAUUUUUUAUUAAGAUUUAUUAUUUUAUGUGAGUACACUGUAGCUGUCUUCAGACACACCAGAAGAAGGCAUCAGAUUGCAUUACAGAUGGUCGUGAGCCACCUUGUGGUUGCUGAGAUUUGAACUCAGUACCUCUGGAAGAGCAGUCUGUGGCUCUUAACCACUGAGGCCUCUCUCCAGCCCUGAGGGGCUCUUUUGAUAGGCAAUUCUCACCAGUACCAUUCCGCCCCAUCCAGAGGAGACUUAUAGAUCUCUUGCUCCUUUUCACCUCCCGGUUACUGUUCUCAAGAUCCAGGAGCCAAGCCACCCUCCUGUCCUCCCUCCCGUCCUCCCUCCUGUGCUCCCUCCCAUCCUCCCUCCUGUUCUCCCCCAUCCUACCUCCUGUGCUCCCUCCAGUCCUCCUUCCCAUCCUCUCCACUCACACAGGUGGUUCCUGCCCACGGUCAGUGCUCAGAUCACACCUGAGAAGCCACCACAGCAGACACACACAGCAGGGGCAUUGGGCAGUAUCCUACCUUAACCCUUAAGGAGUGCAGUACUGGGGUAGGCACAUGUAACAAAGUUUCCAGCAGACUUUCCCUCGGGAUUCUUACUUGGCUCAGUGCCCAUUCUCGUUACUCUGGAGGCUCAGUGAGUAAUUAGACGUGUGAAGGAGAAGAUGCUGGGCCAGCUGCUGGCCUUUACUUUCUAGUGUGCUGGUGGAUUCUGAUGUUAUUUUGUUUGUCUCUCUCAAGAUACUGAAUAUUUUUUUAUCAAAAUGCACAGGUCAUUUUCAUUGUUUUCAAAUUUAUAUUGCAUGUGUGUGUGUAUAACAGUGGGAAGGGGUUGCGACAUAGUGUGCACAUGGGAGGCCGGAGGGCAGCUUCGUGAACUUGAUCCUCCCCUUCCACACCUGUGUGGGUUCAGGGGGGUCUUCAAGCUUAUGGGCAAGUUCUCUCCAUGCUGGGUCCCCUUGGCAGGCCCCUCGGACUGUAUACACAUUCCUUCCCUCAGGAGCUUCUGAAGUAAGCAGACUGACCGGCUGUGAUACACUCAGAAAAAUUCCUGUCUCCUCGUUCCCAUUUCUUCAUAUAUAACAUGAGAGGGACUUCAUUUUCUCAUCACAGCCUCAUGCUCGUUUUAUAGGUGAUAAAACUGAGGCCCAGUUCCCUAAUUGAAGUAAGCAGCUAUGCUAACCUGCAGAGUCAGUGGGUGGGGAAAGCGGACACCCCACUUAUGGCCCAUCUUGCAGAAGCCCUGUGCAGACAGCGUGAGGGACAUGCUGGUGACUGAGCUCAGGGUGCUCUGACCUUGGCUUUGCCAGCCUCACCCUUAGCCCCUACCUCCUCGCCCUCCUUACCGAGCAGCCCUAAUACUCAGGGAUCCAUCCGUCUGUCUGCGUGCUCUGUUGGAAAGUUGGAAGCCUGGAAAGUCGUCCCUGACUCAUUUCCUGAGUCUGCAUACCUUGAGAGAGCCCGUAUGGUGUGCUUCCGCUCUGCUGUAUUUCACACCCCCACACCGUGUGCUAACUAAGACUGUUGAAUGAUUCAGUCUCAUGCUUCUGACUGCAGCUGCUUCCCACCCACUGGGGUAACAGGAAGCAUUCGGCUUGGAGAAUGCAGGAGACUUGCAGCCUGGCUCUAGGAGCCACCUCUUGCUGAUCAAAAGAGCAAAAAGACAGCCAGAUCACACAAGGAAGCCAGGGGAACAGGACAGACAGAGAAGAUCGUUGUUUUGUUGUAGGAAAAGCUCAUGAAAAUCAAUGCAGAUAAUCCAGUAUAUCAAUACACAAGAGGAAAACAUAUAAAGAAGCAAUUGAUAAAAUAACAACCAAUAAAAUAGUGAGAAUCCUAUAGUCUAAUUAGUAAUCGAUUAUACACACUAAAAUAAUAAUAGCACCCAAACCGGCCAUGUUAGUGCAGGAUUGAAUGUCGGUGUACCUGUGGAAGGCUUUGUGAUGAUGGCCUGAUGCCUUCUUGUAAACCUAAUUGGACUGCGUGUCUGAAGGGCCUUGAGUCACAGGCCCUGUGGUUUUCAUAGGAAUCCACCCGGGGAAAACGAAUAGAAAUUUGGUCAAAUACUGGGGUGGUCAAAUCAGCAUUAUUUAUAAUAGGAGACUUGGUAAGUAACAGAAAAAAAUUUACACGGAACGUCUCAUCACUUUAGGGGGCGUCAUAAUGAUGCCUGGAGUCUGUAGAAACUGGGGGAAAUGUCAAGGCACAACCCACCUAAAAUGCUGGGGGACGCAGUCCCUCUUCAUAGAGUAGCAAGGGGGAAGUGCCAGGGCCUUUUCCGCCUGAGAGGGAGGGCAGCCAAGGCAGCUGCGAAGGGCCUGGGUCUGAGGACAUAGAGCCAGCUGCUGUCACUCAUUAGCCAUGUCUGUGGCAGACUCCCUGGACCGCCCAGCUCUCCCAGUGGCCCCUCAUUCCCCUUUGCAGAAACAUGACACGACACGUGGUGAAGACUCUAAGAAGUGGUGGGUGUGGCUGGAGCGUGGCACAAGAGAGGGGAAACUAUUGGUGUGAGGGCUAAGAAACUGAACUGCUUUACAUGCUGACCUGCAGUAGAUAUGUAAAAUGUCAUUUAAAUGGAUUCCCAAUCUCAUCCCUGUCCACAGACAGGAUAUUCUGUCCUCCCCCAGCAUUGGCAUCAUAAACCUAGUUCCAAUCACCUAACUGUACAGAUGUCCCCUCACUAACAUCCCCAGAGAGGGCUCCAGAGUCACCCAAGCCCUCCAGGCAAUACCGUCUUUAGUAAAGAUGCUUAACCCCUCUGAAGCCACAUCAUCCAUCCUGCCAAUGAGGACAAAAGCCCAAAUCCCAAAGGGGCCGGGAGGGGCCGUGGGACAAUCAGAUGGAGUCACACAGGUAGAGGAUUCAGCUGGCACAACACCAGGUGAAGAGCAGCCAAUCAGAAGGCUGUUCUUCCUCCAGUCGCUUAUGGGUGCCUUCCCAGUCCCAACACCAGAACAAAGGACAUCUCUUCUCUCCCCAGUGUGACCACUGAAUGAGGCUGAGGCGGUCAGGGCUCAGGCACUUACUCAGCACAGAAGGCAGAAAUGGUGCACAGUGGUCAUGGACAGCCAGCCUGCCCUCAGCUACCCAGGAAGUGUUACUCCAAACCUGGGGUCCUUACCGCAGUUCAAGUAUCAAGUAUAAAGUACUAAGGACUUUGAGAAUGACACUGACCUCUGAGAUGUGGCAGAAAGAGGUCGGGAUGCAGGUUUUAGGGAAGUAAGAUAGCACAAGGUGGGUUGCCUAGGUGGAGGGAAAUGGGGCAUGGACCCCAAGGGUGUGGGGAUGUUGGACUCUGAGAUCAUGCCCUCCGAGGAACAGGGACUUGUGUGCCUGGAAUAGGCAGCAGUUGUCCAAGCAGACAGAGACGUACAUGCCACAUGCGGUCGCAGCACGAGGGCCCCUGCUGUCACUAUCCACAGAGCCACCUGCCAGACUUCCAGCUGCCUGUGGACAUCUGAGGGGCCAGUCUGAGCCCCCGCCUUCCCGAUGCUCACUUUCAGCUGCCAUUCCCCCUCAUUCCUGUUGACUGAAUAUCAAUGUAUUUCUCACAUUUGGUUUUCCUGUUUCUCAAGAGCCAACCAUUGAGGGGAAAGGGAGACAGAAGGUUCUGGGCUCAGCUCUACUUCCUGGGUCCGGGUCAUUUUCUUGGCACAUUAGCUAAUCUCUCUAGAGUGUCAAUUUUAUAUCUCACCCUCUCCACUGCUGAGGAAAAGGAAAGCACUUGGAGAGAAAUUAACAUAUAAAAGCAAGGUGGUAAAUAAUACCUUCUUUCUCUUUGUUCCAAAAGAGAAACUGCUUAGGCAAAUAUCGAGAUGUUCUCGUGGCUUUGUGAACGUCCAGCAGAAGCUACCAAAAAUAUUUUGUUGAUUAAAAAUAUUUAGUAAUGACUGCCAAAUCAAAUAUUGAGGCUGUAAUGAUAGGGGUGACCAAGUCCCUGCUAAUUACAGCUUUCCACAGACAAUGGAAAAAUGCAUGGGUGAAGCAUCACGUAGGAAGUAAAUAAAACAUAUUUACGGUACGUGUAUCGCAUAAAGCUUUUACAGAAACACAAGAUUAUCACAGGUGCUCACAUGCAUAUGAUUUCGCAGUGGACACUGCCUCUGAAAUAACUGGUGGUUGUAACUGGGGCUAAGGGCAUGUGAAUGAGUCCCAGACUCCAAGACAUCAAAUUCUAAAGAGACCAAAUGAACAGGUAGAUUCUGAGCUGAGAAUGACCGUGUGUCAAUGUCUAAGAAAAUGCAUUCUAUAAAUUGUGACACCUCUGAAAGGGAAGUCAGCUGGCUUUCCUAGGCCAGCAAAUUGCUGGUGACCCUGGAGAAUUGUGUGAGACCACAAUUUAAUUGCACAAGCUUUAAGAGCUCUGCAGUCCUUUAUCCCAUUAAUUCAACCUACAACUUUGUUCUCUCUGUCCCUUUUGAAUAUGCAACACUCAUUGAUUUCAGUGGGAGCCACAGACACAGGGAAGGGAAGAAUGGGGCCAAUUAUCUGUUCAAAGCUGAGCAUCGUUUAGAGUACUUGUUAAAGUGUUGGCUGCACAUUAGUGAGUCAGCUCCUGCGAGUCUUUCCAGAGGACUCUCUGGUUCAAAUGGGCAUUUAAGAGGGCAGUCUCCUCGCCUGAACCCUCAGUGUCACGCCUGUGCUCCAGCAACUUGAUUGUGGCCACUGGGAGGUAACAACCCCACUCUUCAGUCUCUGCAUCACUCCUGAGCUCCCUCAGAUUUCACCAUGGCCCAAUUGUAAUUGUCAACUGUAAAUAACAUUAUACAUUUUCACAAUGCUACUCCACACAGCAAGUCAGGUCAAGUCGACAUAACAGACCCCCAGAGACCUUUUGAUUGAAAUAGUCUCAGCCUAUUGGAUGUACCCAAUACAGCCCAAAGACAGAAAUGCUUGCAAAAGUAACCUAGAACGUGAACUCGUAGGGAGAAGGUGAGCUUGUGGUUUCAGCCGUCCUUCUCCCCAUAGACUCUGUGUUACUGCAUGUGUGUGCCUGAGAGAGGCUCUGACCAAGCCUUGUUUCCGUACUGAUUUCCGGUCUGCACUUCCAUACUUACUAGAGGUCAUAAACGGAUCAUAGGAAACUUCUCUGGGGUCAAGUCACAGGCAGACACCCUGCUUUUCCACCCGCCCGGUUACCAGGGACUUGGUGCUGGCAGAGGCUGCUGGUGCCCUGGAAGCUUGGAGCUCUUUCACUAAUGCAAAGAAAUCACUUGCUCUCACACUUGAGAUCUUGAUGCUCCCAACACUCCUCCAUUUUCUACUGUCUGGGACUUUAUUAUGGAUAGUAGGACUGGAGUCUGGACUGGUCGCCAUCAUUUAAUUGUCACUAGGUGGUGCGUGCACACCCAUACACAGACACACACACACACACACACACACACACAGACAGAGACAGAGACAGAGAGAGAUGCAGAGACAGAGAGAUGCAGAGAGACAUACGCAAGCACACACAGAGACACACCCAGGGAGAUACACAGAGACAUAUACACAGACACACACACAAAUAGAUCCAAAUUCUAAUUUCUUCAGUGUGAAGGAAGAGUGCUUCCAUGUACAGUAACCCAGGACAUCUCCACCCCACGUAUGGCUGUGCUCCUGAUGCUGUGCCUUGUGGCACGGUACCAGGGAAUAUUGUCAAGCUUUGCUGAUCAUGGCUUCAAUUGCAGCAACUUUGUGACCUGGGUUGGUCAGCCAUCCCUGGGAUCCCGAGUCUCUCCCUCCACAGUAGAGCGGAAUGUCCAUUCUUCAGGGUGGCUGUGAACAUUCAGAAAGUCUCCUCAUAUGCAGUGGCUUUUGUACUCUGCUUUGCUGUUUGGUUUUCUCAGCGGCGUCGACUCGUUUGGUGCAAUUUCAAUGACGGGGGUAUUUAAAUCUAUUACAGACUUUCCAUACAGUGGAAAGUCAUAUGUGAUUAAUAUUUUAAAAGGAAAAAAUCUUGCUUAUUUUUCUCAAAAGGAAAAACUCUUGCUUAUUUUUCUCAAAUGUCAGUUCAUAAGAAACAAAGACCUUGUGAAAUAGCUUGCCAGGCCGCCAAGCCACCACAACCAAAUGCUGUCCUAAUUCUGCUCACGGGGAGAUUUUUGUUCAGGACCCACUCUCAUUUAGGCCAGGGCUUUCUCACCUGGUAUCUCCAUUCAAACUGAUAACCAGACACACAGGAGAAGUGAGCAGCAAUUCUGUUAUUAAUACGUAUUCUCUGGUUGAUUGACUUCUGUAAAAUUUCAUUUCUUGUAGAGAAUUGGUCUCAAUAAUCAUGACCAAUGUGUUUACACUCCUUGUUUAAAAUGCCUCUUGCCCUCCCCCAGUGUAGUCUGCCUUUUGUGACCCUUCCCUCUGCUUACCUGAGCUUCUUUUCUAAUGUCUCCCGUGCCUUCUGAGCAGCUAAAAAGAUCAAUAGUGAUGUGGAUGUCCCUUGUGAGUAUAGGGUUAGCUAAGAGAUCUCAAGAAAAGCUUAAGUAAUUUCAAAGCAAUUACUUUCAUAAAUUUGAAGAAAUAAUUUGAUCUUUAACUAAUUGGUGAAUAUUUACACAACAGAAAUAUAGUAAGGUGAGGGAUUUGAAGAUCCAAAGGUGAUAAAACAGCCAGAUUGCCUUCCACCUCAGAUGUGGAAACAGUGACAUAGAAACCAUUAGCACUGGGGCUGGGGACUUAGCUCAGUGGUAGAGCGCUUACCUAGGAAGCGCAAGGCCCUGGGUUCGGUCCCCAGCUCCGAAAAAAAGAACCAAGAAGAAGAAAAAAAAAAGAAAAAAGAAACCAUUAGCACUGAGACUCAUUAUGCAAGUCUCAGGUGCUGUAGAGGACUAUCAGUGGAACAGCUGGUGUGGGUAGAGCUCUAGAGGAGGCUAGUGUGCUAAGAAGCUUGCUGUUACUGUAACAGAAUACCUGAGGCAUUCAUAAGAAAGGUUUCUGUUGACCCCUAGGCCCAGAAGCUUCAGUACCAGUUGGUUAGCACCUGCUGGUUGGACCUACAGUGAGGCAGCCCCCAUCAUGUUGGGGCAUAUGUCAGAGAAGGCUGCCCUUCUCAUGGUAGCUAGGCAGCAUAAAGAUACACGGAAGCCCAGAUUCCAAUAUAAUGUCAAGGACACUUACCCAGGUGCAUAACAGUCUCUCAUGAAGCUCCACCUUUAAAGGUCCCAUUACCUAUCAAUAGCACAACAUACUAGCGAUCAAAUUUCAAGGUCUAGACUUGUAGGUAAAGAAAUAAUGGGGGUCUCAUACCUCUGGGCUGUGAUGGGAAUUUGAGAGUGUUUUCACAGUGUGAGGCUAUAAACUCUUUCUGGGUAAGUAGGAAACCUAAAGCCCUAUCUGAGCAAUGUCCUGAGCUUUCUGGGCAUCCAGGUGUUGACAGGGUUUGGGAUCAGUCUAAAGGCAUCCAGUUGACAUGGGGAAGGGAUCCUGUGUCAUCUGUACCAUAUGGAACGGUGACAUCCUGCCUUCUUUGCCAUCUUAAAGAGCCUAUGGGACACUCACUAAGGAAAAACGAAGACUGUUUUACAUUAUCUGAACUUCUGGUUCAUAUACCAACUCUGCACCAGCUGGUGGUGGUGCACACCUUUAAUCCCAGCACUUGGGGUGCAGAGGCAGGCAGGUCUCUGUGAGUUCCAUGCCAACCUGGUCUACACAGUUAAUUCCAUGGCUACAUAGGAAGACCCUGUCUCAAAAAUCAAAGAAAAAAAAACAAUUAAACUCAGAGGUUUUAUAUGGAUCUUAUAUUUAAUUAAAUUUCCAGACAUAAUACUGUACAAAUCAUAAGAAAUUUACAUGCUUUCUUGUUUAGAAUCAUCCUAGAUCCGUUCAAACUCCAUCAUUGGCUGCAGUCUUAUUAAGUAUUUAGUCACCAUCUUAAAGACAUUUGUAUUCUCUGCAUUUGCACCUAAGGGAUUCUUGGUUGCUCUGUAUCUACUUAAAUGUAGCCCCGUGGUUGGUUGCUCUGUAUCUACUUAGAUGUAGCCCCGUGGUUGGUUGCUCUGUAUCUACUUAGAUGUAGCCCCGUGUAGCAAUGUGUAAGAAAUACCCAGUGAAAGGCACAUUCGUUCAAGUUCUUCCUUACAUUCCUCCUGUAUCUUAGUGUCCUAUUGGCUUAAUGAACAUUCUUCAUGUAGACUGUGUAUUCUCUAACUCUUGUAUAGCAUGUUUUAAGGGCCAUAUUCAAUCAGAUAGUAUCGAGAACCAUUACUGUAUUAAGGGACUGUAUAGCAGUGUGCAGACAGAGCCAGAGUCCAAUCCGGAGUUAGGAAUCCUCUGCCUUCGUGGAUGAGAUGAAGAGAUGAAGUGUUAGCAAGCACUUGGCCGACUUUGGAAGGGCUAUAGAUAGUGUUCAGAAUAGAAUAUGGCCACUGUGGUAUGCUGCAUAAUGACAAUACAUGCUGCGCCUAGUGACCUUGCAUGUGUGGAUCUUUUUAUAAUAUGGAGAUCAGUAUAUUCAUUCCCCUGUGUCUGUGUGAGAUGUCAGGUGCAUUGUGUACUCAAUAAUAGCCAUGCUUUAAAAUAACAAUAGAGAAACUCAAUGCAAGAGAUGUAAGCCACCAUCACUUAGCCCACAAGGUAAAGACAGAGCCUCACUGGGUGGUAAGCUGACGGUCACCACAUUAAUAUUGCUGGUGAGAUAAGAGGUCUCCAGCUUUUUCUGGAAUAGCAUUUUCGACUGUAUUUAUCAUGCCGAGUAGUGGACACACGAAAAUUAGAGUGGAGACCAUGACUCUUGGAUCUUACUUCUCUGGGAUCCCCUGUGUCUGGCUCUCAUGUUGUAAGGCUCGAAGUGAGUCUUACUGAGACAGAUAUGCAAACACAAGAGGUUUAUUUUUCCAGCACAUCACAACAGAGUUGAUCUUCAAUCAGCCCCUCCUGGGGAGUGAUUAGAAGGUGACCCCAAAUGGCUAUAACAAGCAGUUUUUAUACUUCUUAGGGGUACAGGUUACAUCAGCAAGCUUACAGUUUAAACUUAUUGGCUAAGCAUAUUGACUUUUGACUCUAUUGGCUAGCAAGCAUAUGACAGGCAUUCGAACUCUAUCUGGGCCAGAGGGUCAGGUGACUAUCAGUACAUUCUGUGGUUUUUUUCAAGAAUGUUCCUGCUCCUCCCAAGAACUGUGGGUGGAAAAUGGAACUUGGCCUAAUCUUGACCUGAGGCAGUGGGUAUAAGGCUGGCAAAAGCCCCUAGGGUCCUUCAGUGUCUGUGGGCAAAGGAGGGUAAUGGUAAGAUUAUUACUCAGAGAAGCACACACAUGCUCUCUCUCUCUCUCUCUCUCUCUCUCUCUCUCUCUCACACACACACACACACACACACACACACACACACACACACACACACACACCAUUGUUCUGGACCUGGCCCAAGACUCUUCCAAGAGACCAUCUAGGGAGCUGAUGGAAGGGAAAGAGGAGGCCUAAGGUUAGGAGACAGAUGUGAGCUUUCCCCUGCAGUGCCCAUAUGUGGCUAACCAGAAUCCGAGAACAUCCCUCUGUGUUUAGCAGGGAGCUCCUGUGGUCAGUGGUGCGAAGUCAUACUUUCAUAAGCCCAGAGUUGUAGGGCACCUAUAGAAAGCAGCCUGGGGAGGGGCGGGGUGCAGGGAGACAAAGACUGCGAGAAGCCUCUCAGCACCAGGCAUGUCUCUGCAGCUGGUGCAUAUCUGGAGACAUUCAAAUGUCCAUCAUCUGCAGAGGAGAACGAGGACCUGCGAGUAGCCUGGUAACAGAGGUGGUUGCCAAAACCACCUGAAGAAUCUAGCGUGGGCUUGACCGUCAGAGUUGCUCACAGCUCCUGGCUGGCAUCAUGGAGAUUUAGUGGGCAUUUCUGUAGCUGCACAGGAGGCCCUCAGGAAUGGAAGAAGGUUUAGAUGACACAGUUAUUUAAUCAGGAGCAAAUGCCAGCCAUCACACUGCGGGCUUUUUAAAGCAGAGAGGCUGGGAAAUGAGGGGCGGGUUACACAGAGUGGGGACAAUAGAUGGAGAACGAAAGGACGGUAAUUGUUGACCUUCUGAAAGAAAUGGGCACAGGGCGUACUUAGGGGACAUAUUUUGUCCCUGAAGCUUACAUGUGAGUUAAAAUGUAUUAAAGGGCGUACACAGCCCUUUGUGUCUGUCAGAUAUGAGAGAAAAGACACAGAAGAAAGCUCUAGAAAUCAGCGCUUUAAAAAAGGACAAGCAAGGAGGCCCUAGCUACAGCCAGGCAAACUGAGGGUCCCCAGUCCCAGGGUCACCGUGCUGGCGCCAGAGUCCACCCCGGUUCCUUCCCGUGCUGCUGUUCACAGCUCAGCUUUGAGGCUAACAGGGAUUGUCAGGUUUCAGCAGUGGGUUGCAGAUGCACCCCUCUCAAAGCACUCAGAAUGGACCCCAAGAUAAACCCAUGUCUAGAGAAGGCCACAUCGUGGGUGCGGUGCCUGGAUAACUAGAACGGAGCCAGGAUAAAGUAUAAGGUGAACAACUUCAUCUAAAAUGGGAUCAUCUCAAAUUUAGGACACUUUAUGACCAUGCAUUUCCCAAAAGAAACAGAAACAGAAACAGCUGAGUGACUCAACGAAUAGUUCAGUUUACCAAAAAUUCUUGUUUUCAAAGCUUGGGGAGCGAGUGUUCCUGGACAUGAGAGUUUCCCUGCAUUCAAGAUGGUGUAGUCCCCUAGAGAAACAGAGAAGGCUUGCCCUUCCCACCCAGAGCUGCGUGACCCACCCAGGGCUGCUGUAGUGAUAGCUUAGGACCAGGGCCCGGAGCUGCUGUCAACCGCGUGCUUCUAUCGAAGUGCCUUGAUGGCAGUGAAGACGCUGUGUAUGUUUUCACAAGCAGAUAGGCGUUGUCUAAGCUCGGGAAAUGUUUAUAUUUUAAUUCUUGUUAAGUAGGACUUGUACGUUUUCAUAAGACAGAAUAAUGAGUUUCUACUUAGUCAUCUUGUAACAGUUUUAAAGUUUAAUACUGCUGGAUGUUUCUAAAGAAAAAUAGCCAACCCAACAUAAAUAUUCCUUAAAAUAAAAUCAGGCAGCCCUUCAAUACAUGCAAGAAAACAGGGUUGUUUUUCUCGGUCAGUGAGGAUUAUCAUUAGCAAAAAUAUUCCACUGGUACUGACUUUUUUUCCCAACUGGUGCAUUGUGACAUAGAAAAGACUUCAAAAUUUAAAAACUAAUAUGCAAAGUAAACUUUUCAUAAGAUAAUGUGCAGAGAAAAGAGUUGUGGAUUAGUGUGAGGAAGGUAAAUUUAUUCUAUAGAAGCAGAAGGCAGUGGGAAGAAAGGAAUUCCUACCACAAGGAACCUCUCGAGCUUGGGAGGGGUGCAUGGGGUCCCUUUGCUCCCUUUUGCUCCUUAGGAUAGCAGUGUUUGUCCCCACACACACUGAGCAUGGGCUCCCACAAACCACAGCUUAAAGUGGUAAAACAGGGGUUUUCGUUUUGUUUGUUUUUGUUUUGCUUUUUAAUCUUUUUUUUUUUUUUUGACAAGGUCUCUCUAUGUAGCAUUGGCUAGCUGGGAACUAAGAGAUCUACCUGCCUCUGCCUACCAAGUUCAAGUUCUGGGACUAAAAGCAAUGUACCACCACACCUAGCAGAUUUCCCUUUUUCCCUUUUCUUUUCUUUCUUUCUUUUUUUACAGAAUUUUACUGUGCAUACCUUUUUUUAAGGUUUAAAGUAUUUCUGCUGGUAGCAAAAUUGUUCUGAUGGGCUGAUCCCAUAAUAUAACUUGAGAGAGAGAGAGAGAGAGAGAGAGAGAGAGAGAGAGAGAGAGAGAGAGACUGGCUGUGUGUAUAUGUGUAUAUGCUGUCUACAUGUGUGUAUGUAUGUGUAUAUAUGUGUGUGUGUAUAUAUAUAUGCAUGUAAGGCAUAUAUUUGUUUCAUAUAAAUAUUUUAAUUACUGAAAUAAUUCAGAAUCUCAGAAUCAUGACUACUUACUGAGAACAAAGCAGUCGAGGUUGCUUCCUUAACUUCCUUUGUGUUUUUGUAACAUUAAAAUGAAAUGACAAUCAGGAAGUAUCAUAGAUGAGACAGGAGAUCUUGCUGUGGUCAGACUUGGAAAGACCUUUCACACAGCACAAGAAACACUGAAACCAUAGAGGCAGGCCAAACUCACACUACCUAUAAACGUGUGAUGCCCCCAGUACAAGCGGACAAACGGCAAAAGAGAGACGUAUCUGUGCUGUGUCCCACUGGUUGUCUGCCCGCACUCAGAUGCAUCGGUGCACGGUGUGAGUGUUGGGAAUGGUUUUAACGCUGGUUUCUAUCUAAAUCCUGUAUAAAGCUUUCCGUGCUGUGAGUCAACAUCAUCCAAACCCUUUGUACGCUCACCGCCUUAGGGCAGAGCUAGGAGGGUUCAGAGGGACCCAAGUGAUUUCAGGGACAACCUGCUCUGUGUGUGAAGACGUCUGACUUUGGUGGGAGUUCCCAAAGGACAAAAUGAGAAUAAUCUCUCUGCAGUCUGUGGCUCCCUGGACCAUUUGGGAGCCUGAGUGCUCUUGUAUUACUGGAGACUAAGUCCUCCAGAUUUACACUUUCUGCUUCCCCAAAUGCCCUGCUAUUAUCGCAUCUCAUUUGCUUGAAGAACGUUAACUCAGCCUUCUCUUAGACACAUUGUAUCUUUGCGUGAAAAAAAUGGAAAGGAAACCAAAUCUGCCUUCUUCAUGAUUAAUGCAUUUGUCAAAUUCUUCCCAAGAAAAGAAAAUUAAUUUAUUGUGUUUUUUUCCCGUGAAUGCAAAUUAAAGCUGUGAAAACUAUUAUGGGAAAACUUAGCAGUCUUUUUUUUUUUCAGAAAUUAAAGCUAACUGAUUUAAUGUUAAUGAAAAAAGCUACAUUCAAACACAAAUUUUAAUAACUUGCAUAGAAAGGAAAUCUUAGACUUCCUAAGAUUUUCCUUACAUAAGAUUCAUGUAACUUGGACAGAAAGUCAUUAAAAUGUAAUUUUCCAUGGUCGAGACUGUAUUAAUUAUGUUGUAUGAAAGUCUGGAAAGUUGUUAACCAAUGUCUGACUCAGUGCACUCUGGGAAGCAGAGUUGUCUGUUGGUUAGUUAAUGAUCUCCAAUCCCAUGACCUAGGCUCAGUUUGGGAUGCCUGCUGUCUCUUCCUUCCCAGAAGUUAAAAACUGUUAAAAACAGAAGUGAGACAAAUUGUUCUAAACUAGGAAACAGUUCUGCCACAUUCAUAUCGGCGAUUCCAAAUGUGAACAUGCACUUGAAGAAUGGUUGGGAACUUUAGAUUCAUUGGGCCCCGUCUAAUUGUGUGUGUGUGUGUGUGUGUGUGUGUGUGUGUGGUGUCUUUAUUAGGGGAAUGAUAUUGUAGGAUUACUUUAUGAAGUUGACCCUUGACUUGUUUUUUCCACAUUUUGACAUGGUUUUCAGUCACAAGGGAGAGGUGGUAAGACAAGGCGUAGCCCUGUGUUGGUGUUCUUGCACACUGAACAAAUUCAUCUUUGAGUACGUGUACUGAAGAAGUUGAGAAAAUCCAAAGCGCUCUCUCUCUCUCUCUCUCUCUCUCUCUCUCUCUCUCUCUCUCUCUCUCUCUCU